AUGUCUCAUAAAGUCGAUUGGGCAAAAUAUGUUGCAGAUACAGAAAAGAAUCUAUCUGCUAAGAUUGAAGAAGUUACAAUUUCAAAUGGUGAAAAUUUAAAUCAUGGAGGAGCAAGUAAUGAUGAGGAGGCUCCAGAUAAAUUUAGCCCUGCAGAAGCCAGUCUACUGGCAAAGGUUAUUCGUAAAGGUUUAGUUGUUAACAAAAAUGAUAUAGAAAUUCAGCGAAAAGAUCCCAAAUCGCCAUUGUACUCGGUAAAGUCUUUUGAAGCAUUAAAUUUAAACCCAAAUCUUUUAAAAGGAGUAUAUGAGCUUGGUUUUAAUGCACCGUCAAAAAUUCAAGAAACAGCACUUCCCACACUUUUAGCAGAUCCACCUCAAAAUUUAAUUGCCCAGUCACAAUCUGGAACAGGAAAAACGGCAGCUUUUGUUUUGGCUAUGCUUAGCAGAGUAGAUGCAACUAAGAAACAUCCCCAGGUGUUAUGUCUAUCGCCAACAUAUGAGUUGGCCAUUCAAACUGGUGAAGUAGCUGCACAUAUGGCAAAAUUUUGUCCCGAAAUUGAAAUGAAAUUUGCUGUUAGAGGAGAAGAAGUGGGAAGAGGUGCAAAGUUAUCUGAACACAUAAUUAUUGGCACACCUGGCAAAGUUUUAGACUGGAGCUUAAAGUAUAGAGUUUUUGAUUUAAAACAAAUUUCAGUUUUUGUCCUGGACGAAGCUGAUGUUAUGAUUGCUCAACAAGGACAUCAGGAUCAGUGUAUUAAAAUUCACAAGAAUCUUGCUGAACCAUGCCAAAUGAUGUUUUUCUCAGCCACAUACGAUCAAGAAGUAAUGGAAUUUGCAGAACACAUCGUUAAAAAUCCUAUUACUAUAAGACUAAAACGUGAAGAAGAAAGUUUAGAUAAUAUUGAACAAUAUUAUGUUAAAUGUGGUAACCAACAGGAGAAAUACAAUGCUGUUUUGAAUAUAUAUGGUACAGUUGGUGUUGGACAGGCCAUUAUAUUUUGCCAUACUAGACGUACUGCAGCAUGGUUAUCAGAAAAAAUGUCAAAGGAAGGCAAUGCAGUCGCUGUUUUAAGCGGUGAUUUAACUGUAGAACAACGUAUUAAUGUUUUGGACCGUUUCAGACAGGGUACUGAAAAAGUACUUAUAACUACAAACGUUUUGUCUCGCGGUAUUGAUGUUGAACAAGUUACAAUUGUUGUAAACUUCGAUUUGCCAAUUGACGUUCAUGGAAAAGCAGAUUGUGAUACUUAUCUGCACAGAAUUGGUAGAACGGGCCGAUUUGGCAAGAGGGGUAUUGCCAUAAAUUUAAUUGAUUCUCCGGAAUCGAUGAAUAUUUGUCAGUCCAUUGAAAGGCAUUUCAAUAGGAAAAUUAAAUAUUUAAACGCCGAAGAUUCUGAUGAAAUCGAAAAGAUUGGUCAGUAA